AUGGGUUUAUUAUCCAACGAUCAGAUUGAUCUCGCUCGUCUGCCCAGAGUUCGCUCCAAGGAAGAUUGGUUUGACCAAGACGCAUUGCUCAUCGAAGCUUACAUCCCAAUUCACUACCUCUCUACUGCCAUUGCCAUUAUUGGCUUCGGCCUAUUCACUCUCCUCGAUGAAAACUCAUCCGCCGGUACUUGGAUAGGCUUCCAGAUCAUCGAAGCAAUCGGUAUGGGCGUUAUAAUCCCCACCUUCUUGCCCGCUAUCCUGGCACCUCUCACUGAUGCCGACACAGGGUUCGCAACGGGAACUUGGUCCUUCUUCCGCAGCUUCAGUAUAGCCUGGGGCACCGCCAUCCCGGCAGCCAUCUCUAACAAUCGAUUUGACGAGCCGGCGGGCAAUACCACAUAUAUAUAUAUCGAGCACUAUUUAUGUGAUAUGAUGCUGGUGCUCCAGAGAAUGGGCGGUUUUCCCGUUGAGGAUGAGCUCUUCCGAGCAAUAUUUCUUGAUAUCAACCGCCUGACAGAACAAUCAUUUCUACCCAAAUUCGAGCAGAUGAAAGCCGAGAUGGAUCAAUAUUCAUGCGACAUCGAAGAAUAUACCCGGGUCAUGAAAGAGCUCGUCCACCUGUCCUCUGAUGGAUUCCAAACUGCGUUGGCCAGCCAUAAUGGCGUCCGAGAACAUGUAAAAUCCUUCACAGAUGACAAGGUGUUCCAAGAAAAGAAGCGCAUCUCCAAGCUUUGCAACUCUCUAUGA